AUUCACAAAAUGAAUCGCACUUUCUAAGGACGUAGCGAUCGAGACAUUGGAAAGUAUGGAGUACAUUAUCGAUGUCAUUGAUGUGAAUAAAUCUAUAAACUAUUUCUGGUCCUAAUCAACCAUGUGCUAAAGCUAUCUAUAAGUAUGACGGACAAGAAUCUGGUGAUUUGUCUUUCAACAAAGGUGCUGUUGUACUCCUUCUGAAGAGAAUAGAUGACAACUGGUAUCAUGGCGAACUUGAUGGAAGUCGGGGCUUCUUUCCGGCCAGCUACGUAGAAGUGCUGGUGCCUCUCCCGCCUGACCCACCUCAGUGUAAAGCGCUCUACGAUUUCGAUGUCAACGAGCAGGAGGAAAAGGAUUGUCUGACUUUCAAUAAGGAUGAAGUACUAAUGGUGAUAAGGAGAGUGGAUGAGAAUUGGAUAGAGGGCCAAAAGGGGGAUAAAAUUGGAAUAUUCCCAAUCUCUUUUGUGGAGUUGAAUGAUACAGCCAAGAGUCUUGUGGAUGUGAAUGCAGGAGCCACAGGAGGAGAUGCAGGAGCUAGUGAAGGACUGGGAGGCAGCUCCUCCCAAGAAUCAGGAUCCAGCAAGAACAAAUCGUCCAACAAGCGCCAUUCUUUCACUUCCAUGCUUGGUGUCCAACUCCGCUCCAAGGAAUCUCAGGAUAGAGGGAGCGGUGGUGGAGGGGGGAGCGGAGGAGGUGGUGGUGAUAAUCGUCACUCCAUGGAGAUCUCGUCUCCCGUUCUCCUGAGAUCCAGCAAUCCCACCGCUGCCACACUAAUUGAGGCAAAGGCAGCGGCGGUAGCUGUAGCCAUGGCAACCGGUGGCCCUUCCCCCGCAUCAUCUCCGUCGCCAUCAUCAUCUCCUCUCCCUGUUGCUGCUGCGUCGGGAAGCGCCGCCCAGACCGCCCAGGGAAGCAAGAAGAAACCAGCCCCACUUACAUUGAACAACCAGCCUACUGCCGCCGGAUUGCCACCUAACUCGCCUACAUUGAUUACAUCAGGAGGACCAGCCACACCCACUCAUCUUACAACCCAUGAUACACCUUCCUCACCCAAACCUAAAGUAGAAGUAUACGUUGCCAUGUUUAACUACAAACCUCUGAAUCCCGACGAGAUUGAGUUAAGGAAAGGAGAGUUUUACACCGUGACGGAGAAGUGCAAAGAUGGUUGGUUCAAGGGCUUGUCCGUAUCCAGCGGUCAAAUUGGCGUGUUCCCGGGAAACUACAUGCAGGUCUACAGGCAUGAUAGGCAAGAAAAGCAGAAGAAAAGUGCACCAUCGUCAUUGAUAUCAUCAUCAUCAUCUUCAACAUCAUCAUCAUCCACCUUUACCAGCUCAUCUCUGCUGACAUCAACAGCAUCAAGCUCUCUGUCAGCCUCGGCAUCAUCUCAAUCAACCACACCCAACUCGGCAUUGAGCGGUCAGAGUGGCAGCUCUGGGGCAGGAAGUGGAGAGAAGAAACAAUUUCUUCCUGAUGGACAAAAGACUGUAGCACAGCUGCAGAGUGAACGAGCGGCGUUGAGGAUGCAUUAUCAGGGUGCAACCCAAGGAGCUAUCAGUAGGCCUAUCCAAGCACCCCAGACAAGACUGAAUGAAAGGCAUCCCCAAAGUAGCCCGCCCUCUAUGGGUGUGGAGUCGUCGAGGUUGGGUGGGCCGGUUGCAUCUUCAGCGAUGGCAGGCAGCUGGCCAGGGAAUGCCCAAGCUGCUCAGCCCGGUGUCGGACACCGCCAGGUCCACACUGCCGUUCAAACCUCAAACGCGAAUGCGCAGACUGUGCGGCCAAGGACAGCGAAUCCCACCAUAAAUGCAUCUCAACCGGGUUCUCCACCAGUCUCACACGGGAUCAGAACUCACAUUGCUGGUGCUGCCGAUGUACAGCCCGGUGUCCCUGUCAGACAAGCCUGUAGUCAGAUGGUAGUCCCUCACCAGGUACUCAGGCAAUUCAGUCACCCUAAUGACCUCACUUUCAAUGUUGCACCCGCUAAAUCUAAACGUGUUCCUGUUUCCUCCGCUACCCAAACAGGCGGGCCCAUGCUCGCCGUGAGACACGCAGUCGAUAAGCCCCGGCGGUUCAGCGAGAGUGACCAGCUCUCGUCAACCAGAGCUACCUCAAGUAGCAGCAAUAGUAGUAGUUGUUGUAGACAGUCUGCUGCUGCUAAUCAUAACACUUUUACACCAAAUAGCACCACCACCUUUUCCUACUCUAAGUCUGGUUUGCAUGCACAGCCUCCACCAACCUCACCACUGCACGCUGGCACCUUUCUUUUCUCCAAGCAUGUUGCCCUGUUUUCUGGUGAUGGUAUUGGGCAGGCACAGGUAGGGGCCGAUAGUGGCUGUAGAACACCUCCACCAACACUCAACACUAGUCCACCACAGGUCAGGGGUCAUCGUAGACGCAGUGGUAGUAUGCCAUCUCAAUUCACCCUAGCUCAUAAGAAGGAGAAGAAAGAAAGGAAAAGCAAGAAACCAUCCAACAAGCAUGUGACAUCGAACGAAGCCCCUGAACUGGGAAGCAAUAGAACCACAAGCCCCUCACGCUCUGCAGUGCGUGCAUCCGCGACCCACUCGCCCAACUCCUCAAAGUCAUCUUCACCCGACAACCAUCAGGGAGAGGCUCCAGCGGCUGAAUCUCCUGCAGGAGCCAUGCCAGGAGCAGGAGAAGGAGGAGCCAGGGGUGGAGACACAGGUGCUGCCACCACAGAACAAACCCCACCGAAAACAACUCCAUUGCUGCGUGAAAGAUAUCGUGUGAUUGUCCCCUACCCACCGACCACGGAUGCAGAGCUUGAGUUGAAGAUUGGAGAUACUGUCUUUGUCCACAAGAAGCGCGAAGACGGUUGGUUCAAAGGCACAUUGCAUAGAACGGGAAAAACGGGACUCUUCCCUGGCAGUUUCGCUGAACCCUAUUGAGAUUUGAUCUGGACUUAAUGACGUACAAGGUGGACCGACGACUGAUGCAGAACUUGAUUUCAUUUGAUGCGGACGUAAGCUGUGAUGUGAAAGCCUCAAUCAUGUUUUACAUUUAUAUUCAUGAACAAGUGUCAGAGCUUUUGUGAAUCCGUUCAGAUGAUGUGUAUGGUAUGCUUACAAAGGAUUCAAGACCACAGUAAGUGUAUUGAAAAUGCCCAUCAACUGACAAAGAACAGCUGGGAGGUCUUUGUCGAAAAUUGGCGAGCAGGAACCGCAGAUUCGUCCCAAGCUUCGGAGCUGAUAGAAUAUUGCAAACAGGUCGUUUGUCUUUAGUUACGGACUAAACUGCUGUUAUGAUUUACCAAUUUGCGACAGACUUUUUGGUUGUUCUUUGUCCUGAGGGGCAUUUGAUAAAACACUUUCUCUGUUUUUAAAUCGUCUGUACACAUGUGCGAAAAAUCCAAUUUGUUUGAAUGUCGGCAAGAUAAUUGUGUAACGAGCAUAAUUCUCUUCUUUAAUUUACUGCUAUCAAGUAAGUUUAAAAGAAGAGUUAGAGUAAAGUGGAAGAAAAAGCAGUUAGCAUUGUCUGUGACAGUGUGACAGUUGUCCAACAGAAGCGAAUGGCUGUGCUAUCAUGUUGAAUUAUGAGCAAAAAAAAUUAUUUCCAUUGUUAACGAUGAAUAUAUUCUAACUCACAUAACUCAGAAGUAUGAAGUCGAUGUCAGAAAACCCUGUUUCUAUGCAUUCAUGCAUAUAGUACAUUGACAAUUGAAUCGUAAUGCCAGAAUAUGAGGUUUUUUUUUCAUCUUUGCCUGACAGCAGGCUUUAAUGAUCAGUGACUCAGUUCUGGUGUAAUAAAAUUCUUUGAAUUGAGAUUUAGUUUUAAAACACACAACCUUGAGUAUAUACAUCGAUGUUUGAAAUAGUGUAGGAUCUGUAGUCUUAUGUUUUGAAGGUUUGCAUGGUGGUAUGAGCAAUCAUGGAGGAGGUUUAUGGUACUCUAGGACUUUACACACGGUGUACCGUAAACCUCCUGCGCGAUAUGUAGUCUUAUCCUUAGAAUGACUGUGCUAUUUCCACAAUUUACAAGACUUGGGGGGAGAUUAACUCUGAGCCAAUCAAAAUGAAGGAUUUCAGUAGCUUAUAAAAAGUAGUCAGUGAAAUUGUUAAUUAUUUAUCUCAUGAAAUGCUCCCCUCAAAUCCCCUUUUCACUCCAACAGGUAAGACUGAAUAUACAAGAUUCUUGUAUCUAUGGUAUCUCUAAACUGUUUUUAAAUUUUUUUAAAGAAAAUUGUUAUCAAAUAUUCAGUGUCUAUUCAAUCUCAUGUAUCGUGAUCACUGAUACCAAAGAAAUAUUGUUUUAUCUGGCAUUUUUAUGUUAUCUCGACCACAUUUCCUGAUUUGUAAUAUUGUUUUAUAUAUUACACAUAGGUUAUACCUUGUCUUCUGUAUUCAAGUAUUUUAGAAAUUUUAUCACUUGGUAGAAAUGAAUCAUGUUCAUUUAUAUUACACAUUACUGUUUAUUGCGAAUACAGUUUGCUAGAAAUAUAAUUUUGCAUGUAGCUAUAGUGAAGGUCACCUUUUAUAUUAUUUAUUGAUCAGAACUUCACUCGGACUUUCAGUACCAAGCCGCUAACUUGUUUGGGUUUUUUUUUUAGAGAGGGUUCUUGAAACACAGACAAAAGCAUAAUAGGGUGCUACAUUGAAUUGAUAAAAAAAAGAAAAAUGCAUGAAAAUCAUCUCAAAACAUUGUGUAUUCAGUGGCCUGAGAAUCUUGAUACAUUCAAUUAAAUUCAGGAAAUAAUUUGCCAAUUGAUUAAAUUUAAUUGAAAGAUUUAAUUGAUAAUAUCAUAAUCCAUUGAAAUCAGUACAGAAAAUAAAAUUUAUAAUUCAUUCAAACAAAUUCAACUCAUAGAAUAAGUUUAUAAUUCAUCCAAUUUAAUUAAGAAAAUAUUGGAUGAUUCAUCUAAUUCAGUUCAGAUAAUAAGUUGAUAAUUCAUUCCAUUGAAUAAUUGAAUUCACAAACUAAGUUGAUAAUUCAUUCAAUGGAAUUCACAAAUAGGUUGAUAAUUCAUACAAUUCAAUUCAGAAAAUAGUAGAUUCAUUUAACAAAAUUGUUAUUUCAUUUGAUUUGAUAUUCACUUAUUGAGAUCAUGAUUCACUUGAUAAAGCCAGAAUUCAGAUUUACAUAGACUGAAAAGACACAAUCAUGAUAAUUACUUGCAUUUUAUUGAAAGAGAUUUGCCCAAGGCCAAUUCCCUUAAAUUGUGAUAUGAAAUUCAACCCAGUCUAUGCUUCUAGUCAUACAUGUGUCACGGUUUGUCAUUUUCUCUUGUGAAGGCAGCGGGUAUGUUUCAGUGUUCUACAUGUGUGUAGUACAUUUCAUGUGCCAUACAAUUUUGUAAUGUUUUAUUGAAAACUCAGAUCUUGGACCCCACAUCUGAGGUAAUAAAAAAAUAUUAAUUUUGUUUGGAAGUUUUGUUAUGGACAGAAACUUGAAAACUUUUCUGAUAAAAAAGCUGAAAUUUUAAUCAUUUGGAAAAUAUCCAGAUGAUUUGUUUGAUUUCAUAUAGAUGUCUACAGAAGAGUGAUGCUUGCAUACGAAAGGGCCGUGUCACUUUUUUUUUAAGGGGGGGGGGUUCAGAAGAAUUAUUGUGAUUUGAGCUAAGCAGUGUAUUCGUGUAAUUGAAAGUGAAUAGAGCCCCUUUUUGGAGAGGAAAAUUUGUGUAAACAAAUUUUCAUAUUUAUGACCAUAUUCACAAUCUAUCCUAAAAAACAAAAUAUUACUUAGACUUUAUGAAUAAUUGCUAAUAUCUGACUGAAAAAAAGAACAAAAUUAUCCAUUCUGUGGCAACGUAACCAUCAUCAAAUAAUUGAAUAGUUAUAAUAGUUAUGUUAUUGUAACCGGUGGUGGUAUGUCAUGUAUGUACUGUGUUUGUGACUUUUGUUUAUGUGUGUUUUUUUAAAACAAAUACAAGUGUCUUUUAUUUUUA